AUGCAACGUUCAAUGGAAUCUGAUUUUGAAGAUGAAAAUGAAAUAUGUUAUACAUCAAAACGUCGAGCACAUCCAAUACCUCAACAUUAUGAAGAAGAUUCAUUUCCAUCAUCAUCUUGGACAAAUCCAAAUGAACAUGAUCUUGAAGAAGAUCAAUGUAGUUCAUCAAUUGAUUAUUAUCAUAAUAAUGAAGAAGAUAUUGAUGAUGAAAUAUUUAAUUUACCAAUAAGUUCAAAUGAUUUAUCUGUAACAUCACAACAAGCAUUACAUUUAGCAACAAUUUAUGAAUUUUUACGUCAUUUUUCAUCAAUAUUACGUCUUACACCAUUUUUAUUUGAACAUUUUUGUACAUCUAUUAUUCAAUCGAUUGAUAUUAAUAAUAUAUUAUUUUCACAAAUUCAUAUUUGUCUACUUCGUUUAUUAAUUAAACAAGAUGAUGAUGAUGGUAUAACAUAUGCAUCAGAAACCGAUGUUAAAGGUAUUAUUGAUCUAUCAUUUGUUACUAUGGAUUAUAUAACAUGGCCAUAUAUUUUGCAAUUAUAUGUAACAUCUCAUCCACAAUUAAAAAUUUUUACAUCAAUUGUUAAAGAUUAUCCAUUUAAUACGAGCAUUCAAGAAAAAAUUGAUAUUUUAUCAGCUUUAUGUGAUGUUACAUUAACAACGAAAACUAUACGAAGAGAAUUUGAUGAUACAAAACCUAAACAACAUGAUGAUAAUUGUAGACAAUGUCAAAAACGUGGUGAUUUACUCUGUUGUGAUCGUUGUGAAGCAACGUAUCAUCUUGCUUGCCUUAAUCCGCCAUUGACAAGUGUACCAGCUGUUGAAUGGUUUUGUCCUGUUUGUGUACAAAAUCAACUACAUGGUGUAACAGAUUGUAUUCCUCCACGAGAAAAUCGACCAUUUUAUUUACGUCAUCGAUGUAUUGGUCAUGACCGAGAACAACGAAGAUAUUGGUUUGUUUGUCGCCGUUUAUUUGUAGAAGAUGAAACUGGUGAAGAUGUACGAUAUUAUUCUACAUUGGAUCAAUUUGAUACUCUAUUAUCCUAUCUUGAUGAAACAGGACCUGAAAAAUUACUAGUUUAUCGUUUACAAAAACGAUAUAAUGAUAUUGCACGUUGUAUGCAAAUAACAGCUGAUCUUCAAGCUACAUUCAUACCAUUGGAUAGAUCACCAUCAAUGACAAAUAUGAUGCCAACAGUAAUUGAUUAUGCACCAACAUUAGAUGAUGAUGAUGAUGAUGAUGAAAAAUCAUUAUCAAUGUUUACAGAUGGUUUAAUACCAUAUAAAUUUGAUGAAUUAAUAACAACGAAUAAUAAUUAUGAAAAUCUUAUUGAUAUGUUGAAAUUAAAUAUAAAACCAAAAGAUAAUAUUUUCAUGAUGCAUAGUCAGAUAGAUGGAAUUGUUGAUAAUGAUAAUGAUGAAAAAGAUACAAAACCAUUUGUUAAAAAACGAGAAUUUUUUGUUCAUUCAACUAAUAAUUAUGGUUAUUCAUCAGUAAAUUUAAUCUCCGUGUCACGAUUUAAUUCAUCGAAUAGAUCUUUAUUAGAAGAACGAUUACGACGUGUACAUAAUAUAUAUACUGAAACAAAAGUUGCUCUUAAACGUUUACAUGAAAAUGAUAUUGAUGAAACAAUCUGGCAACGUUAUGAACAGUAUCAAACAAUGAAUAGAUUUCCUUCUCAUAAUCGAAACAAUACUUAUUCCACUAAUACUAAUACUAAUACUAAUCGUUUGUAUCCAACAAAUAAUACUUCCUAUCCACGCAGUAAUUAUUAUCGUGAUUAUUAUACUGGUAAUAAUUAUGAAGAUGAAGAUGGAAUGUUACUUGAUAAUGAAUAUGAUGAUUUUGGUGAUGAUUUUUUUCAACAAGAAGAAAAUAUUGAUGAAUUCGACAUGCCAUUUAGAAAAUAUGAAAGUAAUCGAGUCUAUCGAGGUACAACUCGCGGACGUCCUCGUGGUCGAGGUCGACCACCAUUAUAUGGCGGUCGAGCUGGACGUGGUUCUCAUCAUGGUCAUCCACCACGUGGUGUUAAUCAUUUAACAACAGGUUCAUUUCAAUCAAAUCAACGUUUAAUUCAACCAAAAAUAGAAUCUCCUAAAUUAAAUGAACAACAUCAACCACCCGUUAGAAAUAAACGUAAACCAGUUAAACUUAAAUCAGUAACAGUAACAACAACAGAAGAAAAACCAAAACGACCCGGAAAAGUUUUACGUAGUGGAAGAAUAUCAAGAAAACCACGACGAGAUUCAGAAACAGAUUUUGGUUCAGAUAAUUCCGAUGAUAGUGGAGCAAAAGAUAAAGAAACUGGUUCGGAUGAUGAUGAAGAAUUUGAUUUAACACAACUUGGUAACGAGAAAAAAAAAAGAAAUUACCAAUUUUUAAAUGAAUUCAAUUUUGUUUAUUUAGGUCUUGGUUUUGGUAAUACAACAGCUAUAGUAACGAAAGGACGUGAUGGUUCAUCAUCAUCGAAUGAUUCGUUAGCUGGAACAAAUCUUCCAUUAACUAAUUUUGCUGCUUUUGCACAGAGUCAAUUAUUAGCAACAAAUUUAGCUAAUGGAUUAUUAAAAACUAAUGAAGAAUUAAGUAAUGAUUCAGAUUUUAGUGUAGAUGGCUUUGAAACAGAUGAAUCUGAUGAUAUUCUAAGUCAGAAAACAAAAAUUAACAGUGGAAAUACAGAUGAUGAAGAUCUCGAUGAUUUUACAUAUAGUCAAACAAUGUUAUCACUUAUUAAGAGUAUGCAAUCAAAUCAUGUUAAAAUUGAUCUUGAUCUUGUACCACAAAAUAAAACUAUUAAUAGUAAUAAAGGUAUGAUCUGGUUUCUUUUUCCUGUAUCAUUAAUUAUUUGUAAUGAUAUAAUGGCAUAUAUGUUUGGAUUUUUCUAUGGUCGAACACCAUUAACAAAAUUAUCUCCAAAAAAAACUUGGGAAGGUUUUAUUGGUGGUGGUGUGUCAACAUUAAUAUUUGGUUUUAUAUUUGCUGGAAUAUUAAGUAAUUAUCAAUCAUUUGUAUGUCCAUUAGAAUAUAAUGAAGAAAUUAUGGGUUUAUCAACAUCAUGUAUACCAUUACCAUUAUUUCAAAAGACAACAUAUUUAAUGCCAAAACCAUUUUCAUUCUUGAAACGUACGCUUGAUUUAUAUCCAUUUCAAUUACAUUCAUUAACACUAUCAUUAUUUGCUUCAAGUAUUGGACCAUUUGGAGGAUUUUUUGCAAGCGGAUUUAAACGAGCUUUUCGUAUUAAAGAUUUUGCUACAACUAUACCAGGACAUGGAGGAUUUAUGGAUCGUUUUGAUUGUCAAAUAAUUAUGGCUUUAUUUACUAAUGUUUAUAUAUCAACAUUUGCACGUGCUGCAUCGCCACAUAAAAUUUUACAACAAGUCUUAGCAUUAACACCUGAAAGUCGUGAAGAAUUCUUCCGUUUACUACGCAAUCAUAUAAAAGAAUAA